UCGCCCAUUCCACUGUCAAGAUCAUGUAAUAUAGUAGGAGCGGAGUAGGCGAGACUAAUAAUGCCUUGUUUUCUAUUGGGAGUCAGCCUUAAAGGAUAGUCAUAAGCAAUUGCCUAUUUAACAGAAACCCGAUGGUUUUAAGAGUACCGUCAAGGGGAUCGAUACGAUAUACGAUUCGUACGAGAGGAUUACGAUAGGGAUAGCAGGAUCUGUUGCAAGCAACGUGGAUUUUAUAGAACUUGGCUGUAACUAUGUAUGAAUAUCGGUACCGUAUUCCUCCACUUUAACCCUCUAUUAACCCUCUAUCAACCCUCUACUAUGCCGUAUAAACGGUUGUCGUCAGCAUCCUUGUUUGGCAUUCCCCAGAGUUUCUUAUUUUUAUUUUUAUUUUUAUUUUUAUUUCUACAUACUUCAGUGGCUUCCCCAUUUCAUCUACAUGCAUUGUACAUAUCAACAUACAUAUUUCGGUAGAAUACCUAUGUACUGUACAU